CCCAAUCCUCCAUUCAUUAUCCCCCUCUCUCUCCUAAUCAUAUCCGCCCUCUCUCUCUCUCUCUCUCUCUCUCUCUCUCUCUCGGUUUAGGGUUACCACCUCUGCGUUUCAACCUCUCAGACAUUGAAUCCCUUUCUCUCUCUCUCUCUCUCUGAAAUGGCAGGAAGCGGUGUUGUAACAGUCUACGGCAAUGCAGCAAUCACCGAAACCACGAAGAAAUCCCCUUUCUCAGUGAAGGUAGGCCUCGCCCAGAUGCUCCGCGGCGGAGUCAUCAUGGACGUCGUCAACGCUGACCAAGCUCGCAUCGCGGAGGAGGCCGGCGCCUGCGCCGUCAUGGCCCUGGAACGCGUCCCGGCCGACAUCCGUUCCCAAGGCGGCGUCGCCCGCAUGAGCGACCCCCAACUCAUCAAGGAGAUCAAGCAAGCCGUCACCAUCCCGGUCAUGGCCAAGGCCCGAAUCGGCCACUUCGUCGAGGCUCAGAUCCUCGAGUCUAUUGGCAUCGACUACGUCGACGAGAGCGAAGUCCUCACUGUCGCUGACGACGACAACCACAUCAACAAACACAACUUCCGCAUCCCCUUCGUCUGCGGCUGCCGCAACCUUGGCGAAGCCCUCCGCCGUAUCCGCGAAGGCGCAGCCAUGAUCCGCACCAAGGGGGAGGCCGGCACCGGCAACAUCAUCGAGGCGGUGCGUCACGUUCGAUCCGUCAUGGGCGAUAUUCGUGUGCUUCGCAACAUGGACGACGAUGAGGUCUUCACCUUCGCUAAGAAAAUCGCUGCUCCGUAUGAUUUGGUGAUGCAGACGAAGCAACUCGGGAGGCUUCCGGUGGUCCACUUCGCCGCCGGCGGUGUAGCCACCCCCGCCGACGCCGCGCUGAUGAUGCAGCUGGGCUGCGAUGGUGUUUUCGUUGGGUCUGGGGUUUUCAAGAGCGGUGAUCCGGCGAGGCGCGCUCGUGCGAUUGUUCAGGCCGUGACUCACUACAGUGAUCCUAUUGUGCUUGCGGAGGUGAGCUGUGGAUUGGGAGAGGCUAUGGUGGGGAUCAAUCUCAAUGAUGAGAAGGUCGAGAGGUACGCGAAGCGGUCUGAAUGAUUUGAUUUGUAGGUUGGUUGGUAGGUUGCUCUUGGACUGUUAUGUUCUCCAAAUUUAAUAAAUUUUGCAUUAUGAGUUGUCAUUUUAGGGGUUUUGAAAACUCUUUUAAUUAGAAAUAUAUAAUGGAAUGGAAUGGAAUGGAUUGUCAUCCCUGUUAUAGUGAAGGUUAUUGGAUUGGUUUAAUUUUUAAUUGUAGGAUGAAUUUUACAUUGUAUAUGAAGCUCUUUAUUUACUACUUUUUAUGUUGCAUAA